AGGAGCUAUAAGCAAAAAAAAAAAAAACACGGUCAGACAGAUUCCACCUGCGAUGUAUGAAGAAACAAAGCUCAAAAUCCCCAACAUAAACCCUAAACCCAUUACUGCCGUCAGAUGAAUUUUUUCCCCAAGUUGAUCUUCUCUCAUUUUUCUCGCCAUUUUGCUACGCUUUCCAAACUCCCAAACAACUUCACCAAAAUUCCUUCCAAGUAUCGACCCCAAGCCAUUCGAGAUGCCCAACAAGCUCUCACGGAUUACCUCCACUGUACCCGUUACAUCCCUUUCGUCUACGCCGAGCACAUUGCUAAAAACUCCUUCUUUUCCCUCUCUUCUCUCAUCUCCGGCAUUAAUUUCUCCACCACGAGCUUCAAUCGAAACGUCCUCAGAUUCCUCAGGUACCAUCCCAUUAACGAGUAUGAGUUUUUCUUCGAAAGUAUAGGCAUUGAUUAUGAGGAAGUUGGUGGCCUAUUGCCGUCCAAGAAGUUCUUCUUUUCUGAAGAUGAGACGGUUCUGGAGGCUGCUUGUGCGCUUUCUGGAUUUGGGUUUCCUUGGAACAAAUUGGGCAAGCUUUAUAAAGAGGAAAUCUUGAUUUUUAAGGCAAGUUCUAAGGAAUUAAAAGCUAGGCUUUUUAAGAUUAAGGAAUGUGGGUUUAGUAAUAUUCCUGUUAUUGGUAUUUGUUUGGCUUUUCCUUACGUGUUGCGUGGUGGUGGGGUGAAUGAAUUGGGUGGUGAAAUUGUUGCUUUGUUGAAUGAUUUGAAAAGGGUCUUUUUGGAUUUUGAUUUGGGGAAUCAUGUUGAAGAUAAUGUUGAUGCUUGGUAUGAAAUUUGUAGGAAAAUUAGGGUUUUUUAUGAUCUGGGUUGUGAGAAAGGGAAAAUAGGUGAGCUGAUUGGUAGAAAUAAGAACCUUUUUCUUCAGUAUCCAGAAGAGGUUCUGGUUAGUAAGAUCGAAUACUUUUCUCGGUUUUUGGUUCCGAAGGAAGAUAUCGGUAUGUUGAUCCUUCGAAAUCCCGAGAUAUUGGAUUCCGAUUUGGAAACACCAAUGAUUUCAGUGAUGGGAAUGUUGAAACAUUUCGGAUUGAGUGUUGAGAAAAGGGAUUCCGUUGCUAAAGAGUACCCUUAUGUGUUAGGUAGGAAUAAAAUGACUAAUUUGCCUAAUGUAAUGAGAGCUUUGAAUCUACACGAGUGGUUGUUCGAUAGGAUUAAGAAUGGAAAUCAUCAGUUGCUUGCUAAUUACACCCUUAACAAUGACGAAGACUUGGAUAAAGGUUUUCGAGAUAGUUUCGAGAAAAUUCAGUUUUCAAGAACCCCUGUCCAUACAAUGGAAAAGUUAAUGUUUUUACAUAGGGUUGGGUUUGGAGAGAAUUCUUUGACCAUGAAGGUCUUAGCUCAUGUUCAUGGAACUGGUAGUGAGUUGCAAGAAAGAUUCGAUAGUCUUCUCGGUUUGGGGUUUGAGUUCUCGAAACUUUGUAGGAUAGUACAUAUGACACCGAAGGUGUUAAACCAGCACCCCGAAACGGUGGAGCGGAAGGUGAAUUUCCUUUGCCAUGAAAUGGGUGUUUCUUUGGACUACCUUGAUAUAUUCCCAGCAUUUCUUUGUUUCAACUUAGAGAAACGGAUUAAGCCAAGGUAUAGGUUCCACAAGUGGCUUACGGAGAACGGUUUGUGUACUCGAAACUACUCCAUUGCAAGCAUAGUUGCAACCGGUGAAAAGAGUUUCAUUGCUCGACUUGGUCGAAUUCAUCCCGAUGCUCUGAACGAAUGGUUCGAGAAUUUUUCCUACAAGGAAUCCAAUAAUAGUAUCCAAGACUAAUGAAAUUGGCUAGCUUUCAAAUAUGAUUUUUGGAUUGUUGAUAUCUAAUCUUCAAGUAUACAGUAUGUUGUUCCAUAUACAUGUUCGGUGCAUAUCCGGAUAGAGCUACGGGAAUAUGAUCCUUCGAAGAUCUUUGAAGUACAUGAAAAUGUUGAAAAAUUUGAAGAUUAUCCGUGUUCGACCUUCGUACUCGAGUCCAUUUAGGUAUAUAGAUUUACUCAUUACCGAUUUCUCAAUUGGCAUUUGCCCUUUCUGUCGAAGGCCCCUGUUGCUUGCCUCCACACCCCAUUGCAUAUGGAGGAUAUUUUUAAAUAUUGGUUAAAAUAUGGCAUCAGUCACUGUACUAUUCCCAUAUUUGGAAUUUAGUCCUUGCACUUUUAUUUUCAGGAAUUUAUUUCAAAAUUUAGAUCCAA